UUCCUGCCCAUUGCUUUUGUAAUCUCUGAGGGGAAGAAGCAGCAAAUAUUUGCUAGUCAGACAAGUGACAGGAAAUGGAUUCCAAACACCAGCGUGUGAAGCUAAAUGAUGGCCACUUCAUGCCUGUAUUGGGAUUUGGCACCUAUGCACCUCCAGAGGUUCCCAGAAGUAAAGCUUUGGAGGUCACAAAAUUAGCAAUAGAAGCUGGGUUCCGCCAUAUAGAUUCUGCUCAUUUGUACAAUAAUGAGGAGCAGGUUGGACUGGCCAUCCGAAGCAAGAUUGCAGAUGGCAGUGUGAAGAGAGAAGACAUAUUCUACACUUCAAAGCUUUGGUCCACUUUUCAUCGACCAGAGUUGGUCCAACCAGCCUUGGAAAACUCACUGAAAAAAGCUCAACUGGACUAUGUUGACCUCUAUCUCAUCCAUACUCCAAUGUCUCUAAAGCCAGGUGAGGAACUUUCACCAACAGAUGAAAAUGGAAAACUGAUAUUUGACAUAGUGGAUCUCUGUACCACUUGGGAGGCCAUGGAGAAGUGUAAGGAUGCAGGUUUGGCCAAGUCCAUCGGGGUGUCAAACUUCAACCGCAGGCAACUGGAGAUGAUCCUCAACAAGCCAGGACUCAAGUACAAGCCCGUCUGCAACCAGGUAGAAUGUCAUCCGUAUUUCAACCAGAGUAAAUUGCUAGACUUCUGCAAGUCAAAAGAUAUUGUUCUGGUUGCCUAUAGUGCUCUGGGAUCUCAGCGAGACAAACGAUGGUAAUAAAACACAAUGGGACCUUUACAUAAACCUCCAUUUUGCAGAAAAU